AUGCCAGUGGCGAUCAGAUCCACCAACGUCAUGUUGAAAUGCAGGAUCCAGAGCAUCAUCGAGACAAGCCUGAUAAUAGCCAGAAUGCAAGCAAACCAGCAGAAUACGAACGCCUGCUUAGAAAAGGGAGUCCAAGAGCCGAAGAAGUCGUCAUUAAGCCACCCGAUGGAUCGUUGGCUCGACCAAUCUGCUAAGGCGGAACCAUGGAACGGGCUCAUACAUAUGCGCAAAGAUCAUACACACCUGCCGUAUAGAAGGCCUGACGAUGCCAAAACCUGGAGCCAGGCAGCCAACCCGAGCUCAAGCGGUUCUACCUUGAAGUCCUGA